GAUUAGCACCUGAUCUUUUCGUAGCUUUGCUUUCCCUCUCUUGUUUGCAAUUAGCACUCCAUCUUGAAAUGGACAGCAAUAGAGAAGAGAUCUAGAGCAGAUUUAUUUCUGAAUGGGAUGGGAUCAUGACAAAUCUGAGAAGGAAUCAUACUAUUUAAGCAAAGAGCAGAGGCAGCAGGAUGGAGUCCGCUCCACGCCACAGGGAUCCUAUAAAUUCCCCGCCUUUUCCUCCCCACUCCACUCAUCACAGAACCUCACCUCCCCUCUCUCUCCCCCAAGGCUUCAAGCUCUCCAGCUAGACUGUCCUGCUUCGGCGCUACUGUGCACAGCCAUCGGCAGCACACAGCAGAGUCUAUCCUGUCCUGUGGGCAUUGAGCAGCAGCAGCAAUGGAGAGCCCUGCGCAGGCGCCCAGGCAGCUGCCGCCGGGGUUCCGGUUCCACCCCACCGACGAGGAGCUGGUGGUGCAGUACCUCCGCCGGAAGGUUCUGGCUCGCCCGCUGCCGGCCGCCGUCAUCCCUGUCGUCCACGACGUCGCCAGGCUAGAUCCAUGGGACCUCCCUGGAGCGAGCGAAGGGGAGGGGUACUUCUUUAGCCUGCGGCGAGCGCCGGCGACCGGCCGCGGCGGCCGCCGGAGGAGAGCCGGCAGCGGGUACUGGAAGACCACGGGGAAGGAGACGCCCGUGUUCCUGCAGUGCGGUGGCAGGCGGCAGCUGCUCGUGGGCGUCAAGACGGCGCUCGCCUUCCAUCGCGGUGAGCCGUCGUCGUCGCGGACAGGUUGGGUCAUGCACGAGUACCGGCUCGCCGUGCCCGGCGGCCCGGCCGUGGCGGAGCAGAGGAAGAAUGCAAAUCAUGGCCGCGUUGCUGAGCCGGGGGAGUGGAUCGUGUGCCGGGUCUCUCCGAAGAACAGGCCAAGAAGCAGGCUAAACCGGGAUGGCGACAGCAAAGCUCCUGGAAACCGCACCUCCACCGCACACGGCGCGGCGGCGCUGCAGCAGCACCGGGAAGGCGACGGACGGCAGCUGCCGUCGCUGUUGAUGUCGCCACAGCCGUCGUCGUCAAGCUGCGUCACCGGUGUUACCGGCAAGCCGCCGUCGCUGUUGAUGUCGCCACAGCCGUCGUCGUCAAGCUGCGUCACCGGUGUUACCGGCAUUUCAGACCAAGACGAAGUCAGCAGCAUCAGUAUCAGAGAUGCUCCAGCAGACUCUCAAAGAGAGGCCUAGGCGUGACGAACCUGAAGUUUUUUUGUUUCCUCCUCCUGUUCCUCCCGCUCCGUUGCCAGUACUUUUCCUGGUACCAUACAGUGAUGAGUUAAGCAUCGGGUAAUCAGGUCUAAGGCAAGUCCAGCUCAAGAACGAUCUCGAGAUAUCAAACAGCUGUGCCAUCUGUAUCGGUUGUAACCUGUAAGAUUCGGCAACCUGAAUUAAUCAGGAGCAGUAGUUGCUACGGUUCAGAUGCUGUUUGAA